AUGGCGGACCAGCCCCAGCAGACGCCGGAUAAUAUCAUCCAAGCGGAUGAUCAAUGGGACAACGCGAGCGUUGAUGAUGAGGGCGCCGAGGUUGCGAGUUCCGGGAGCUCAAUGACUUCGAUCACGUCCUCGGUGCUGCGAGGCAAGGUGGAGGAUGGGCGGGUGUAUGCCGUGUACGGCAAAGAAGAGUACGGAAUGCCGAUGGACGAUGUAGAAUUGGACAGGAUCGACAUGUGUCACGCCAAGUACUACGCUUUGCUCGAAAAGAAGCGCUUCAUCGCCCCGAUUGGAGAGAACCCUCAGAAGAUUUUGGAUCUGGGUUGCGGGACAGGCAUAUGGUCGAUCGACGUUGCGGAUAUGUACCCUUCCGCUGAUGUAAUCGGGGUUGACAUUGCUGCGACACAACCAGAAUGGGUGCCGCCAAAUUGCCAUUUCGAGCUCGACGACAUUGAGCAGGAGUGGGCGUGGAAACAGAAUUCAUUCGAUUUCAUCUUUGCUCGCGACCUCAUACUCUCCAUCCGGGACUGGCCUCGGCUGAUCGACCAGGCUUACACGCAUCUCAAACCCGGCGGCUACCUCGAAUUCCAUUGCGUGACGGGCCUUCUGAGGUGCGACGACAACACGCUGCCCGAGGACAGCGCGCUGCGCAAGUUAUCGGACGCCAUAUAUGAUAGCACGCUAGUAUUCGGCACACCCAUCGACGACCCGACACGGUGGAAGGGCUGGUUCGAGGACCGCGGCUUCGACGACGUCACCGAGGUCAUCUACAAGAUGCCCUGCAGCCCGUGGGCCAAGGACCAGCGGCUCAAGCUCAUCGGGGCGUUCGAGAUGGAGAACCUGCUGUAUGGGCUGAGCGGGAUGGUGACGAGGCUGUUUGGGAAGGGGCUCAACUGGUCGGCGGAGCAGGUGCAGGUGUUCCUGGUGGACGUGAGAAAGGAGAUCAAAAGCCGGAAUUUGCAUGCUUAUUGGCCCUAG